AAACGCUCAAAAUGUACUAAAAGGAACAUAAAAAACCAAGUGGUGUUGUAUGAGAAGGUAAAGUGGGCAAAUAUCAGAACAGAACAUAGCUUAAGCUUAGGGUUUUGUAAAAAGCAUGGAGUUGAGUGCUUCUGCUAGUAGACUUUCAAAUGCUGCUGCUUCUGCUUCUGCUAAUCCUGUAAGAAUCUCCUCUCAACAAUCCCGAGGCAUUCAUUCCUCUCCUUCACUUGUUCGCUUCUUCUCCACUCUCCCUUGUCGUCCCUUCUCUUUCAAAGCCUCCGCUAAAGACACUAACGGAGCUUUGUACAAGGCUAAAGCGAUGUCAGCUGAAUACUCUCCUGAAAUGGAGCUCACAGGUUUAACGGCUCUCUGUCCAUUGGAUGGUCGGUAUUGGAGCAAAGUCAAGGACCUGUCUCCUUUUUUGAGUGAAUAUGGCCUAAUACACUUCAGGGUUCUGGUUGAGAUACAAUGGUUGUUAAAGCUUUCACAAAUUCCUGAAGUGACAGAGGUACCGAGCUUUACGAAAGAUGCUCAGUCAUAUCUGGAAAGUUUGGUUGAUGGUUUUAGCAUAAGUGAUGCUUUAGAGGUCAAAAAAAUUGAGAAAGUAACGAACCAUGAUGUGAAAGCAGUGGAGUAUUUCUUGAAAGAAAAAUGUCAAUCUAAUCCUGAAAUAGCUAAGGUGCUUGAAUUUUUCCAUUUUUCAUGCACGUCUGAGGACAUUAAUAAUCUGGCCCAUGGUCUGAUGCUGAACAAAGCUGUUAACCUUGUCAUACUUCCUGCCAUGGAUGAGUUGAUAAAAUCAAUACGUGACAUGGCUGAAGCAAAUGCUCAUGUUCCUAUGCUUUCUCGUACCCAUGGUCAGCCAGCUUCACCUACAACACUGGGGAAGGAAAUGAUCAUUUUUGCAGAGAGGUUAAGCAGAGAAAGGGAGGAUGUAUCUAAAGUCGAGAUCUUUGGGAAGUUUGCUGGUGCAGUUGGCAACUACAAUGCACAUCUUGUUGCAUAUCCUAAUGUUGACUGGCCUCAUAUUGCCGAGGAAUUUGUAACAUUUUUGGGCCUGAGCUUUAAUGCCUAUGUAACACAGAUUGAACCUCAUGACUAUAUGGCCAAACUUUUUGAUACAAUUGUCCGCUUUAACAACAUAUUGGUUGAUUUUGAUAGAGAUAUAUGGGGUUACAUUUCAUUAGGUUAUUUCAAGCAGAUAACAAAGGCUGGUGAGGUUGGGUCCUCAACAAUGCCUCACAAGGUGAACCCAAUUGACUUUGAAAAUAGUGAAGGCAAUCUCGGUAUUGCCAAUGCAUAUCUAUCCCAUUUCAGCAGUAAGUUGCCUAUCUCCCGGUGGCAGCGGGAUUUAACUGAUUCUACUGUCCUUCGUAACAUGGGUGUGGCAUUAGGGCAUGCACUUCUUGCAUACAGAAGUGCAUUACAGGGAAUAUCUAAGCUUCAGGUUAAUGAAGCCGCUUUAUCCAAAGACCUGAAUCAAGCAUGGGAGGUGCUUGCAGAACCAAUACAAACCGUGAUGCGGAGAUAUGGAGUUCCAGAGCCUUAUGAGAAGCUAAAAGCGCUAACCAGAGGAAGAGGAAUUACCCGGGAAAGCAUACUGGAGUUCAUUGAAGGGCUGGAUAUACCAAAAGACGCAAAAGCUAAUCUCUUAAACUUAACACCACAUACCUAUAUCGGAGUCGCUGCAGAAUUAGCAAGGAAUGUAAAUGGAACAACAGAUUCGAUUAAUGGGGCCAGAGUAGUAGAUUAUGAGAGCAAAAGAGUUGGGUGAGAUGUUAUAGCAAAAGUGUUGCUUGAGAUGUUUGUUUUAAUCACCAACGCAAAAAAGGGAGCUACAUUAAAUACUUGACGAGUCUUCAAAUUUGUUCGGUUAUAAUGUUUGAACCACCCUACUACAGGACAAUCAUUGUGAUGUAAGAGUAAUGAGCAGCUGCAAGGCGUAUUGCACGGGGGGUAAAAAACAAUACAGGGCUUACAUGCCAAAGAAGUUUCCUUUGUUGUCAUAUUUGAUAAAAGAAUCCAACGCAUUGUAAUUGAGAAAUUCAAGUUAUAAUUGUUGCAAGCAAUUUUUGCCUUGGUAUAGAUAGGAAAUUAUGAUUUUCCCAAUGUUAUGAAGUCAUUUAUUUGUA